AUGGGCUUCUGGACACUGAUGAAAGGUCUGCUGCUAUUUGCAAAUGCGCUGGCAAUCCUCAACGAAGACCGUUUUCUUUCUCCAAGAGGAUGGACACUAGCAGAGCUCCACCAAACCGGUAGGAAAAACUCUCCGAAAGGCCAAAUCGUUGGUCUAAUCAAUGCCUGCCAGUACAUGAGACUUCCCCUGAUGCUCAUUAACGUAGCAGUUAUCGUCGUGAAAGUUUUCUUCGGUUGA